AUGAAUCGAGCAGCCCAGCUUGAUAAACGUUUCAACGACAUUAUCAGAGGCAAAGUCCCUGCCGAUGCACGAAGCUACCCUCUCUUAUUGGAAGCGAUUUGUACACAGCAAGACCCUGCGACCUGCAUCAACAAAAUCGUUGAGAGCUCCCAUGGCUCAAACGCAGUUCAGGCUGCUAUGCGUCACAAUACCAGUUCCCAAUUCCUCAACGACACUGCAACCAAGCUUCUGUUAUAUCUCUUCCGAGCACCGGACCUCGGUGAUGUCUUGGAUCACUUGCUCACCGCCAUCGUUGAUCCCCCAAUUUUUUGGAGUGCCUUCAGCCAAGCAUUCGAUCAAGGUGAGCUCAAUGAGCCAGCCCAGGAAGCAUUCGCGGUGCUCCUCCUUCGCCUCAUGUCCCUCACUACGGGGAAUACGUCAUCAUACCGUGACGUCGCAAAGAAGCCUAGUAUCCUUACGAGGCUUCUCAAUUCAUCGCAACAGACCGUCAAAGACAUUGGCUACCGCAUCGAACAUAUUCUUUCCACCUUCAAUUCCGGUGCACCUACCGCUGCAGUCGGUGGACCUGGUGGUCGGCAUGAUAACGAUUUCGUCGACUUCAGGGAGAUCUCCAUUCUUCCAACUGCAGACGAGAUCCUCUGCCAACAGCUUCCUUUCAUUCGCCCGAGCAGUGUAUUGGAGGAUCCUGAUGGCGAAGAAACUCGUACAGCUGACUACCUGGAUAACACCUUCCGCUUGCUGCGCGAAGAGAUGUUACAUGAGAUGAGAGAAGAACUCCAGCCCGCUUUAGGGAAGAAGAAAGGGCGUCAUCGUGGGCUCAUCAUCGAUGACGUCACACUCGAGGGUGUUUACAGCGGUACAGAUGAUAGAAAGACUCGGUGGGGCAUCAAGCUCAAAUGCAAAGACGAUUUCAAGUCGAUGAAGAAUGUCCCCGACAAGCAGCGCAAGCAUUACCUCGAGAAAGAUCCUGCGGGUUCUCUUGUUUGCGUACUUUCGGGAAAUCAAAUUCUUAGUCUCGCGACGAAGCCACCUGUUAUCUCUAGCAUCGCAAAGACUCUCCUUCAACUGCAGUCAUCCGAUCCCAUUCGGCUCAUUCAGAUCGACACUGCAAUUUUUGCCUUCGAUCCGUUCAUUCCGCUUUCGGAGGAGCUCCUCGCCUCGGUGACUGCGACUGAGAUCACGCGACCCCUCGCUAUGAAUCCCUCUGUGGAUUUGCAGCAGCUCCUGGGGACUUCAUCUAGUAUCGUGCUUGAUAAGCUUUCCCUCAUCCAAGGCCCUCCAGGAACUGGGAAGUCAUUCAUUGGCGCGCUGCUUGCGAAGGCUAUUCACGAUCACACCGAACAGAAAAUCCUUGUAGUCUGCUACACGAACCACGCCCUGGAUCAAUUCCUGGAAGAUCUCAUGAAGAUCGGUAUCCCUGACACUCACAUUGCCCGUCUCGGCGGCAGAGCAAACGCGCAGGUCGCCCAUCUUGGCGUUGCGGGGAAGAAAGAGCGUGUCACCCGAUCGAAAGCUGAUUGGACUAUCAUCGACAACCUGAAGAAUUCAUCGGGAUUUCACUGCGACUCUCUAGAGGACGCCAUGGACAGAUUCAUAGCCUCCAAGAUUGACUUCAAGGACGUCCUCAUGUACAUCGAGUUCGAGGAACCGAACUUCUUUGAUGCAUUCCGCGUACCUGAAGAUGAUUCAGGAAUGACUCGUGUCAGCAAGAAGGGCAAACCAGUCGACGCUGAAGAACUCAUCUUUCAGUGGUCCAGAGGAUUUGGCGCUGGGCAGUUCAAAGACGAGCCCAACGUACGUCAGGCGGCUGAUAUCUGGGGUAUGCCUCUAGACGCUCGUCGGAAGAUGUUGGAGCAAUGGAAAUUUGCACAGCUUGGCAAGAACUACAACGAAUGUCAAGAUCAACUGACACGCAAAUUCGGAGAAGGGAUGGUCGCAACCCUCAUGGGGAAGAGAAUCAUUGGAUGCACAACGACUGGAGCAGCCAAGUUCGCACAAGACAUUCGUGGGGCGAAACCUGAUGUCCUUCUCGUUGAGGAGGCUGGUGAGAUUCUCGAAAGUCACGUCCUCACUGCGAUGGGUGAGAGUACCAGUCAGAUGAUUCUCAUUGGCGAUCACAAGCAGCUGCGUCCCAAAGUCAACAACUACAAGCUGACUGUUGAGAAGGGCGAUGGAUUUGAGCUCAACAGAUCACUGUUCGAGCGCCUGGUUCUCAGAGGCUUCCCUCAUGAAACUCUGACAGCCCAACACCGUAUGCGUCCAGAAAUUUCAGCGUUCAUCAGGAAGCUCACGUACCCCGACCUCACCGAUGCUGCCAAGACCCAGGGCCGUGAUGACAUUCGCGGGAUCCAGAACAACUUCGUCUUCGUCGACCACACUCAUCCCGAGGAUAACGACCCUCGUAUUGCCGACCGAGGCGACGGGGCCUCGUCGUCGUCGAAACAAAACACCUAUGAAGUCGAAAUGGUUUGGAAGAUCGUACGCUAUCUCGCCCAGCAAGGCUAUGGGACGGACAAGCUGGUCGUUCUCACACCGUAUCUUGGGCAGCUCUCAACGCUUCGAGAUGUUCUGAAGAGGGACAAUGACCCUGUGCUCAAUGACCUCGACUCGCACGAUCUCAUCCGCGCCGGACUUAUGUCCGCAGCUGACAAUACGUCCAAGAGGCGCAUCAGGCUUGCCACCAUAGACAACUAUCAGGGCGAAGAGAGUGAUAUUGUCAUCGCUAGUCUGACAAGGUCUAAUGAGUCCAACGACAUCGGUUUCAUGAACUCCCCUGAACGUCUGAACGUGCUCAUCUCCCGGGCUCGAAAUGGAUUCAUCCUGAUCGGGAACUCGCAGACCUUUGUGAAUGCUCGGAGGGGUAAAGAGCUCUGGGGGAAAUUCUUCGAGCUCGUCAAACAAGGCGGCUACCUGUACGAAGGCUUCCCGAUCAAAUGCGAACGGCACCCAAACCGAAAGGUCCUCAUCAAAUCUGCAUCUGAAUUUGAUACUGUUUGUCCCGAUGGUGGAUGCACAGAGAUAUGCGACAUGAUGUUGAGCUGCGGCAUCCAUCCUUGCCCGCUAAAAUGCCAUCAGAUCUCGGACCAUUCGCAAAUGCCUUGUCAACACCCGUAUUCCGGCAUGUGUGAUGCCGAUCGCCACAAGCUGAAGUGGAAAUGUUUUCAGUCGAAGCCAGAUCCUUGUCCUGACUGUACCAAAGAAGCCAAACGUGCAGAGGAGAAGCGAAAACGCGAACUCGAGCUGACGCAGAAACUAGCGGAGGAGGAACUGCAACGUCUGAUACAACGUGAACAGGAGCAGUUGGAGCACGACUUACGCAUGGCUGAGCUGGAUGCCAAGUUCAAGGCGGAAAUGGAUGCGAUAGCUGACGCCCAGGUUGCACAGCAGCGAGCCAAUGUCUACCAACAGAAAAUCAAGGAUAUCGAGGCAGCUAGAGCCAACGCACAGAAGGCGGCUGUAAAUGCACAAGCACACGCCAACGCUGCCCAUUCUGCUUCGUCAUCCAGGACACACCCCACACCUUCCGCACCUUCCGCACCUUCCGCACCUCCCGCACCCCCAUCCAAUCCGCAGUCAAACGUUCCUCCGCCAAAUCCUAAUCCUCCGUCGUCAUCGCCGAAUCCGCAGCCAAGCACAAAAUCUUCGACUUCACAGACGAAUUCCCAGCAAUCGAAAGAUUGGUUGUACCAGAAGCGAGUCAAUGGCGAACAAAAUAGCGCCAUCGACGGUAUCAUGGAGUUGACAGGGCUUGAGGAAGUGAAAGCACAAGUACUCCGUAUCAAGGCCCAUAUUGACUUGAUGAAACGACAAGGCGUCCCCGUGAACAAGGAGCGCCUCAAUCUUGUUUUGCUCGGUAAUCCAGGAACUGGAAAAACCACAGUCGCAAGGUUGUAUGCGCAAUUUCUCGAAUCAGUUCAAGUUCUCCCAGGCGAUGCCUUCCUUGAAACGACGGGUGCAAGCUUGGCACAUGACGGGGUAGCUGGAGCCAAAAAGCUCAUCGCAGAUGCCAUGAUGGUGGGAGGAGGCGCUAUCUUCAUCGACGAAGCAUACCAACUUGUUAGCGAACACCAGCACACAGGAGGUCAGGUGCUGGACUUUCUUCUCGCCGAGAUGGAGAACCAAGUGGGUACUCUGGUCUUCAUUCUCGCGGGAUACAGCAAGCAGAUGGAGAAGUUCUUCGAACACAACCCUGGCCUUCCGAGUCGUGUUCCGUACUCCCUCAAGUUCGCAGACUAUACUGACGCGGAGCUUCUGACGAUGCUGGAAGCGCUCGUGGAGAAACGAUAUUCAGGCCAGAUGAAGGUGGAAGACGGCAUCAGGGGCUUAUAUGCUCGAAUUGCAGUGCGUCGACUUGGACGCGGUCGCGGUCGUGAGGGCUUCGGAAAUGCUCGGGCAUUACAGAACAUGUUUUCCAGGGUCGCCCAGAGACUAGCUGAACGACUUCAGAACGAACGCAAACAGGGAUGGCCCACUGACGAUUUUUUUAUCUUCAAAGAGGACUUCAUCGGUCCUGACCCAUCCCAGGUCCUUCCGCAAUGCGCUCCUUGGGAGAAGCUACAGAAAAUGAUAGGUCUCGAUUCCGUGAAGGACUCUGUCCGUAAUUUCUUUCACAUCGUCGACACGAACUAUCAUCGAGAGCUUCAAGAGAAAGAGCCCCUUGCGAUGUCUCUGAACCGCGUCUUUCUUGGCUCACCGGGAACAGGCAAAACAACAGUUGCGAAGCUCUACGGGCAGAUACUCACAGAACUAGGGCUCUUGAGCAACGGUGAAGUUGUUGUCAAGAAUCCAUCUGAUUUUGUGGGCGCGCACCUUGGCCAUACGGAGAAGAACACCAAAGCUAUCUUGGACAGUACCGUUGGUAAAGUUCUAGUCAUAGAUGAGGCUUACAUGCUGUACAGCAAGAACUCUGGAAACCAAGACUCGUUCAAAAUGACCGUAAUUGAUACCUUGGUCGCGGAGAUUCAAAGCGUACCUGGAGAAGAUCGCUGUGUUUUGCUAUUGGGAUAUAAAGAACAGAUGGAAGAGAUGUUCCAGAAUGUGAACCCAGGGCUCGCUCGUAGAUUUGCCAUCGAAAAUGCAUUCACCUUCGAAGACUUCACGGAGUCCCAACUUCGGGAGAUCUUGGACUUCAAGCUGAAGGACCAGGACCUCGGAGCCACAGACUCAGCUAAACAGGUCGCCAGUGAUCUUCUGAACAGAGCCAAGAACCGUCCUAACUUUGGUAAUGCCGGGGAGGUGGAGAACAUGCUUGGUCUGGCUAAAACUCGCUAUCAAAAACGUCAAGCAUCAGUACCCCCUGAUCAACGUUUGGACGUCAUCUUCGAGCCUGAGGAUUUCGACCCGAAUUGGGACCGUGAUCGCAACGCUGCAGCUAAUCUCACGAAACUCUUUGAGGAUCUUGUUGGUUGCGACGACAUCGUGAAAAAAUUGGGUGACUAUCAGAAGAUUGCUCGUGCAAUGAAGGCGUCUGGUGUGGAUAUGCGCAAACAGAUCCCAACGAGUUUCAUUUUCAAAGGACCUCCAGGCACCGGGAAAACGACUAUCGCGAGGAAGUUUGGUCAGGUGUAUUAUGACAUGGGAUUCCUUUCUUCGACCGACCUGAUCGAGUGCUCCGCCUCUGACCUCGUAGGGCAGUACACGAAGAAACUUUUCGAGAAGGCCCUGGGAAAAGUGCUUUUCGUGGACGAAGCAUACCGGCUUAGUAACGGGCACUUUGCGCAAGAAGCCAUUGAUGAGGUCGUCGGCCUCAUGACCAACGAGAAGUUCAUGAACAAGAUGGUCAUCGUUUUUGCAGGCUACGAGAGAGAAAUGAACGCUCUGUUGAGCGUCAAUCCUGGCCUCGCCAGUCGUUUCUCGGAGGAAAUCACUCUGACCAACAUGACGGCGGCUAAGUGUCUUCAAGUACUCGACAAGGAAUUACAGAAGACGCAGAUCAUCCUGUCCGAGCUAGCCGACACCUCUUCUUCUGCUUACUCCGAGAUGGAGAGUAUCAUCGACCGAAUGUCACGCUUGUCCAACUGGGGGAACGCCCGAGAUGUCAAGACCAUUGCCCAGAGGCUCACCCAUCACGCAUUCAAUGCUUUGGCAAAUACUCCUGGAAGUGCACCGUCGCUCACCGCAGAUGAGGCAAUAGCCGUCAUGAAGGAUCUGCUCAAUCAGCAACGCCAGCGGCUCAAUAUUCCACGCAUAGCCACUUCACCCCCAUCAAGUAUACCACCGAUGGCAUCUUCCAGCAAUUCCGCUCCUCCUCCACCCCCUUCCCAAUCAGGCCACCUGCACAAGGUAGUGCAUCAUCCAGCAAAAAAAACCCUGCCGCCGCCGUCUGCUCCCAUCUCCGCUGCAAACAUCACUCCAAAAUUCACUCCUCGUCGCCCGAAGCCGCCCAAAAAUUUCCAACAGGGGUCGCCUGCACCGUCCAGUUCUGGAAGAUCCCAAAGCAGUGCCCCACCGACUCCAGAUCAGCGAGGGAAAGCGAAGCGGUUACCAACUCAAAGCACCCAGCCUCGGUCUGCCAAUGGUGUUCAGCGUGACCCAGGAAUCGCCGAUGCUAUCUGGAGGCGAUUGGAGGCAGAUAAAGUUGCAGCGCUGGAGGCUCAAAGGAAAGCAAUUGAGGAGGUAAAGAGGCGUGAGGCUGAAUUGAGUAGUGCCGCUGCAAUGCAGCGAGCUGCGGAGGCUGCAGGUCGGGCUCUUGCUGAGCAGAUUCAGAGAGCACGAGACCAGGCUGAGCAAGAAGAACUCAUGCGCCAGCAGGAAGCGAUUCAACGUCGAGAGGCAGAGAUGCAGGCAGCAAUGGAGAGAGCUGCUGCCGCACUCGUCCGAAUGCGUCAGGAGCAAGAGAGGAAGAAACGCGAAGAAGAGAGAAUACAGCAGAAGUUGAGGAACCUCGGCGUCUGCGUACAAGGCUUUGCAUGGAUCAAACAAGCAUCAGGGUACCGUUGCGCAGGUGGCUCUCAUUUUAUUUCCGACUCCCAGCUGGGCUAG